CCCUUUCAACGGCGGAGAACAGUGCAUAAAACCGUGGUUCCGUGCCCGCCCUUCUUUUGGUACGAUAAAAGCAGUGCGAAGCCGAGAGCGUGUUGGCGCGCGCGCGCGAGAGAGAGGGUGCUUGAAAUAUCCGAUGGAAGCCGAGUGCGGAAUCCCGGCGGUGCCCCGCGAGGAGGUGGCCGCAAAGAGGGCGAGCGUGGGCCAGGAGAACGGCCAGAAUAGUAGGGGGAAAGGGACCGCUGCGGCGGAGGACGGGAAGCCGAUGGACGGCAUCUCCGCCGUCAUCCCCGGGUGGUUCUCCGAGAUCAGCCCCAUGUGGGCCGGAAAGGCUUACUCCUUAAAGGUAGAGGAGAUUUUGUUCCAAGGAAAAUCUGAAUACCAAAACGUCAUGGUUUUUCAGUCAUCGACUUAUGGCAAUGUUCUUGUUUUGGAUGGAGUCAUUCAAGUGACCGAGAGGGAUGAGUGCGCUUGCCAAGAGAUGAUUACUCACCUACCACUUUGCUCUAUUCCAAAUCCUAGAAAGGUGUUGGUUAUUGGAGGCGGUGAUGGUGGUGUUCUGCAUGAAGUUUCACGCUAUUCUUUCGUGGAGCAAAUAGACAUAUGUGAAAUUGAUGACUUGGUUGUGGAUGUUUCUAAGAAAUUUUUCCCUCACUUAGCUAUUGGGUUUGAGGAUCCUCGUGUGAAUCUUCACAUUGGUGAUGGAGUUGCAUUCUUAAAAAGUGUUCCGGAAGGUACUUAUGAUGCAAUCAUCGUGGAUUCUUCUGACCUGAUAGAUCCAGCUCAAGAACUAUUCGAGAAGCCUUUCUUUGAAUCUGUGGCUAGAUCUCUUCGUCCGGGUGGAGUUGUAUGCACUCAGGCUGAGAGUAUAUGGCUACAUAUGCACAUCAUUGAAGAUAUUGUUAAUGUCCGCCGUCAAAUCUUUAAGGGCUCUGUGAAUUAUGCUUGGACAACUGUACCAACAUAUCCAAGCGGGGUGAUUGGUUUCAUGCUUUGCUCCACUGAGGGACCACCAAUUGAUUUUCAAAAUCCUGUGUAUAAUAUAGAUGAGGACGAGAAAUCCAACGAAUCAAAAGGGCCCUUGAAAUUUUACAACUCAGAGAUCCAUUCUGCAGCAUUUUGUUUGCCAUCCUUCGCAAAGAGAGUUAUCGAGUUCCAAACCAACUGAGCUUCACCCAAGAGUUCUUCCCCAUAUGAUUAGGUGCAGGAUGGGGAUAUUGCUGCAGAAUAUCAUAGCAACUCUAAUCUUCAUAGUAUCUUGCCCCCUUCAUAAGUCAAAAUCUAUGAAAGCAUGUGUUAGCUUGCAGCUUUUAUUUUGAUUCCUUCCAUGGAUGAUCUGAGAUAUUAGAUGUCCUCUCCACAGUUUUUUCAUCAAGAAUGAAUGCAUUUCCAUGUCAACUCUCUCUGUCCAAGCAGAUAUAAGAUUUGAGACCUA